GAACAAAGGUCUUUCCUUAUCAACUCACCUACAGGAACCUGCCGCAGGAAUGGAGAAAGAAACGGCUCCACUUAUCAUAGACAACGGCUCCGGUUUUACCAAAGCUGGAUUUUCUGGAGAUGAUUUCCCCUGUGCCGUCUUCCCAUCGGCUGUAGGCCGGCCCAGGAACCAGAUUCUGGCAGUGGGAGGUGGACAGAGGGAAAACUUUGUGGGAAAUGAAGCCCUCAGUCACAGAGGAAUUCUGAGCAUAAAGAAUCCCAUAGAGCGCGGCAUCGUCACCAACUGGGACGACAUGGAGAAGAUCUGGCGUCAUACCUUCAACAAUGAGCUUCAUGUUGAUCCUUCAAAGCAUCCAGUCCUGCUGACUGAGGCUCCUCUCAACCCUAAACCAAACAGGGAAAAGAUGACACAAAUCCUGUUUGAAACCUUCAGCUCUCCUGCCAUGUAUGUGGCCAUUCAGCCUGUCCUGUCAAUGUACUCCUCUGGUCGUACCACAGGUAUCGUGAUGGAUUCAGGUGAGGGUGUCAGUCAUGCUGUGCCAAUCUAUGAAGGCUAUGCUCUGCCUCAAUCCAUCAUCCGCCUCAGUCUGGGUGGUGCAGAUCUGACGGAUUAUCUGACGAAGAUCCUGAAUAACAGAGGCUACAGCUUAAGUGCCGCUGGUCAGCGUGACAUCAUGAAUGACAUCAAGAAGAAGCUCUGCUACGUGGCGUUAGACUUUGAGCAGGAGAUGCAGAUGGCAACUUCUUCUUCUUCGCUGGAGAAGAGCUACGAGCUUCCUGAUGGACAAGUUGUUUCCAUUGGUGACGAGAGGUUCCGCUGUCCAGAGGCACUUUUCAAGCCUAAUUUAAUUGAAAUGGAGUCAGCUGGUGUUCAUAAAAUCAUCUACAACAGCGUCAUGAAGUGUGAUAUUGAUGUACGUAAGGACCUUUACGGCAGCAUCGUGCUGUCUGGAGGUUCCACCUUGUUCCCUGGAAUCACUGACCGCCUGCAGAAGGAGAUCUCUCACCUUGCCACGCCUUCCAUGAAUAUCCAGAUCAUCGCUCCCCCUGAGAGACAGUACUCUGUUUGGAUCGGUGGCUCCAUCCUGGCCUCCCUCUCCUCCCUCCAGCAGAUGUGGAUCAGCAAACAGGAUUAUCAUGAAUCUGGUCCUGCUGUUGUUCACCGCAAAUGCUUCUAACCUCUGUUUCUUUACG